AUGGAGAGCGAGGACUUCCUCCUGUCCAGCAAGGAUCUCAGUGCUGCUGCAGAGGAAGGCUUCUCCUCAUCCUCAUCCCAGUCCUGGGAGGGCAGGAGGCGGUGGCUUUUCCAGCAUAACGAUGGCAUCUCCCUCUUUUCACAGGCGUUUGGAAAUGCAAAAACAGCCCAUAACAACAACUCCAGUCGCUUUGGCAAAUUCAUCCAAGUGAAUUACCAGGAGACAGGCACCGUGCGAGGAGCUUAUGUUGAAAAAUACCUCCUGGAGAAGUCCCGACUGGUCUAUCAGGAGCACAACGAGCGGAACUACCAUGUAUUUUAUUACCUCCUGGCAGGAGCAAGUGAGGAGGAGAGAUCAGCAUUUCACCUGAAGCAGCCAGAGGAAUAUCAUUACCUUAACCAGAUGACAAAGAAACCCCUCAGACAGAGCUGGGAUGAUUAUUGCUAUGACUCGGAGCCGGAUUGUUUCUCCGUGGAAGGGGAGGAUCUGAAGCACGACUUUGAGCGGCUGCAGCUGGCCAUGGAGAUGGUGGGGUUCCUGCCCAAGACACGCAGACAGAUUUUCUCUCUGCUGUCGGCCAUCCUGCACCUGGGGAACAUCCGCUACAAGAAGAAAACCUACAGAGAUGACUCCAUCGACAUCUGUAACCCUGAAAUACUUCCUGUUGUGUCCGAGCUGCUGGAGGUGAAAGAAGAGAUGCUUUUUGAGGCCCUGGUGACCAGAAAGACAGUGACAGUGGGAGAGAAGCUGAUCUUACCAUACAAAUUGGCAGAGGCUGUGACCGUGCGGAAUUCCAUGGCCAAGUCAUUGUACAGUGCCCUGUUUGACUGGAUCGUGUUCAGGAUCAACCAUGCACUCCUCAACUCCAAGGAUAUGGAGGAAAGCACCAAGACUUUAUCUAUCGGGGUGCUUGAUAUUUUUGGAUUUGAAGACUAUGAAAACAAUAGUUUUGAACAAUUCUGCAUUAACUUUGCCAACGAGCGCUUGCAGCACUACUUUAACCAACACAUCUUUAAACUGGAACAGGAGGAAUAUAGAGCAGAAGGAAUUAGCUGGCACAACAUCGACUACAUAGACAACUCCAGCUGCAUCAACCUCAUCAGCAAGAAGCCAACGGGACUGCUCCAUCUGCUGGAUGAGGAAAGCAAUUUUCCUCAAGCCACAAACCAGACGCUGCUGGACAAAUUCAAGCGCCAGCACGAAGGGAGCUCCUACAUUGAAUUCCCAGCUGUGAUGGAGCCAGCUUUCAUCAUCAAACACUAUGCUGGCAAAGUGAAGUACGGAGUCAAGGAUUUCCGAGAGAAGAACACGGAUCACAUGCGCCCGGACAUCGUUGCUCUCCUGCGCAGCAGCAGGAACGCCUUCAUCUGUGGCAUGGUCGGCGUUGAUCCCGUGGCUGUUUUCCGCUGGGCUGUCCUGAGGGCCUUUUUCAGGGCCAUGGUCGCCCUCAGGGAGGCUGGAAAACGACACGUGGAGAAGAAAACUGGGCAUGAUGAUGCAGUGCCAUGUGCGGUUUUGAAAAGUGUGGAUAGUUUUAGCUUUCUCCACCACCCAGUUCACCAGAGGAGCUUAGAGAUCCUGCAGAGGUGCAAGGAGGAGAAGUACAGUAUCACCCGCAAGAGCCCGAGGACGCCGCUCUCAGACCUCCAGGGAGUCAACACCAUCAACGAGAGGAGCCCACGGGAUGCCUUUGCAGUUGGCUGGAAUGGCCGGAUGGGGAUGAGGCACAACAGGCUCGCCAGCCCUGGCACCUUCCUGGACAAAGAUGGGAUAUUCGUCAGCACCACCAACAGCAAACUGCUGGAGAGGGCCCAUGGCAUCCUCAUGCGAAAUAAGAACUUCAAAGCCAAACCCAGUCUCCCAAAGCACUUGCUGGAUGUGAAGUCCCUCAAGCAUCUCACGAACCUGACGUUGCACGACCGCAUCACCAAAUCCCUUCUCCACCUCCAUAAGAAGAAAAAACCACCCAGCAUCAGUGCCCAGUUCCAGGCAUCCCUCAACAAACUGAUGGAGACCCUUGGCCAGGCAGAGCCAUAUUUUGUCAAGUGCAUCCGAUCCAACGCCGAGAAGCUGCCCCUGCGGUUCAAUGACAGCCUGGUGCUCCGGCAGCUGCGCUACACGGGGAUGCUGGAGACCGUGCGCAUUCGCCAGUCAGGAUACAGCUGCAAAUACUCCUUCCAGGAUUUUGUGGACCAUUUCCAUGUCCUUUUGCCACAAGGGAUCAGCCCAUCUAAGCACAAUAUCCAGGAUUUCUUCCGGAAGAUAAAACUUGUUCCAGACAAUUACCAAGUUGGAAGAACAAUGGUUUUCAUGAAGGAACGGGAGCGGCAGCUUCUGCAAGACCUGCUGCACCAGGAGGUGCUGCGGAGGAUCACGCUGCUGCAGCGCUGGUUCCGCAGCCUGCUCUGCAGGAGGCAGUUCCUGAGCCUGCGGCAUGCGGCCAUCAGCAUACAGAGAUUUUGGCGUGGCUACCAGAGCCGAAAAAAAGGCAAACCAUCCCCAGACCCUCUGGUUCUCAGCAAAGCCGCUGUCAUCCUGCAGAGCCACUGGCGAGGCUUCGUGGAGCGGCGGAGGUUCCUGCAGAUGCAGUUUGCAGCUCAUCUCGUCCAGAGCUGCUGGCGGGAGCACACCAGGCGCCGGCACGCCGCAGCCACCAGCAUCCAGGCAGCCUGGCGGGGACACCGUAGCCGGCAGGCGUACACAGCCCGCAGGAGCAGAGCCGUGUGCCUGCAGGCGGCGUGCCGGGGGUAUUUGGCACGGCAAAGGUUUAGAGCUUUGAAAGAGCAGCAGUUAAAAAAGAUGCAGCUGGAGAAUGGCCUGGCAAGUAGAGAAGAGGAUGGACUGGAAGCAGAUGUUUUGGAAAUUAAGGGCUCUGACCCAUCUAAGUGGGAGGACAGCUCAUUUGAAGAGCGAGUGAGAGCUGUAGAACAACAUAUAUCACUGAUGGAGAAUAAUCGGGUGAAUCACAUGGACCCACUGGAUACCUCCCUGUACAAAAGGCAUGAGAGAGCCAGCAGCCAGAGUGGGAUGGACACCAAGGAGGAGAUCAUCGUGAGAGAGAGGCCCAAGUCGCUGGAGGAUCUCAACCAGAAAAAAGUGGUUCGUGCAAAGAGGGAAAGCCGGAGGAUGCGGGAGCUGGAACAGGCGAAAUUCAGCUUGGAGCUGCUCAAGGUCCGUUCCACAGGUGGGCUGUCACCUUCAGAGGAGCAGCUCUGGUCCACGGAGCUGGUGUCCGAGGCAUUGCACUCCCCUCAGGGAACCCCAGAGAGCGAGAGCUCUCAAGGGAGCUUCGAGUUGUUAAGCAGUGAAGAUACCUCAAGUAAUAAACUCAUUUCCUCAGUCGUAGACGAUCAUGAUGCACAGUCAUUUUCCACGGAGUCCCUGCCCAGCAGUCCCCAGGCUCAGCUGCAGGAGAAGCCUUUCUGUGCAGCAGAUGGGAACAAUGAUUUGCCCAGCUGCAGACAGACCCAGGCAGACACAGUGCUGCCCAAUAACCUCACCAGGAAGGAGCGUGGGGUGAGUGGCCCCCAGAAUGUUAUAAAGGCUCAUCCAAGAGAAACCCUCCUUUCCAGCAACCUCCCGACUUUCUACGUUCCACCACAAGACAAUGUGAAGAUGGUGGAGAAUAACCUGAGGAAUAAAGCAGUGGAAAAAGAGGAAAGGACAGUUACCUUCUCCAAGGCCAGGAAGGACUCUGAGCCAGACCAGGGCAAAGCCUUGAGAGAAGAUGAGGAAGAGGAUAAACCCUCUACCAAGAGAGAGGAACGUGGGACAGUGACAGCAGCACGGGCCCUUUCUCCAGGUUCUGUCAUCAAGAGACUGGAAAAGCUCAACGUGGAGAAAGAGGAACGGCAAAAGCAGCUUCAGCUGCAAAAUGAGAGGGAGAUGAUGGAGCAGAUUCGUCAGCAGAAGGAAAUUCUGGAGAGACAACGCAAAGCCUUCGAGCAGCAAGGGAGGGUUGAGGCCUUGCAGAGGACAGAGCAGAGCAGAAUGAAGGACCCUUCCCUCAAACCAGCCAAAAAAGCAGACAGCCGGCCUCAGUCAGUCCUCAUCCUGCAUGCCCAGAGCAGAGGGGAGCACAGCCCCAGCCCAGGCAUGGCUCCAGCCUCAGCAGUGGACAUCAAGGGUCUCACUGUUGGGACCAGGGCCAGCUCUCCAGCCCACAGUGCCCCCAGGGACCGACCUGUCAGCAUGUUUGUGGAGCGAAGAGAAGGUCUGGAGCCCCGCUGCCAUUCCAAAGCAGCUCUGGACCCCAAGGACCACCCGGGCAGCCAUUUCUCAAGGACAGAGCGCCUCCGGCAACCGCGGAUGCCCAGCCAGGCCACUGAGGAGACGAGAGCAAGCUCCAUGUUUUUCACACCAAAAGACAAUCCCUUCGGCCUCCACAGAGAGGCAAAUCAUCAGUGCCUUUCCAAGGGUGAACUAGCACGGAAGCCGUUUAAGAUGCCGGGGUCUGGCAGAGGCGAGGUGCCCAGACCGAGCCAUAAAAAGAAAGCCCGCAUGGCGCGGACGCGCUCCGAUUUCUUGACUAGAGGUACUUUUGCUGAUGGGGAGGGGGAUACGGAGGAAGAGGAUUACGAUGGCACUUUUGAGUUCCUUCUCUCCUCUGAGCACCCUCCUCACGCCGAGGCGGUGCAGGCCCGCCUGGGGCAGGCCUGUUACAGUGACUCCGAAAUGACGGUGCAGCGAUUCACCUCGGGGGAAGGCCAGGCCAAACUGCACAAAACCAUGUCCCAGGGGGAGAUUGGAAAGCUGGUGGCCACACAGAAGAGUCUGAUUCCAGAUGGGAGGCCUCAACGAGCCAAGAUGAGGUUUUGGGUGAAGGGAAAACAAGGGGACAAGAAGACCCCCCGGGAGAAGCUCGCUACCCAGUCUGAGCUGCUGGAGCUGUAUGCAGAAGAGGAAGCCCCUGGCAGGGAGGCCAUUCCUGGCUUGCAGCUUGGUGAAGAGUUGGGUCCUCAUCACCUGACCCCCCCACGGAGUCCUGAGCUGUCAGGCAUCUACCGGCGGGAGUUUAAGGAGAACAAGGAGCCCUCUCCCAAAGUGAAGCGCAAGCGCAGCGUCAAGAUCAGCAACGUGGCUCUGGAACCUGUGCAGUGGCAAAACGACUCCCUGCAAAUCAUAACCAGUGCCAGCGACCUGAAGAGCAUGGAUGAGUUUCUCCUGAAAAAGAUGAAUGAACUGGACAAUGAGGAUAGCAAGAAGGACACGCUGGUGGAUGUCGUGUUCAAGAAAGCACUGAAGGAAUUCCGACAAAACAUCUUCAGUUUUUACUCCUCAGCAUUGGCGAUGGACGAUGGGAAAAGCAUCCGCUACAAGGACCUCUAUGCCUUAUUCGAGCAGAUUCUGGAGAAGACCAUGAGGCAUGAACAGAGGGACUGGAGUGAGUCUCCAGUUAAAGUCUGGGUCAAUACCUUCAAAGUCUUCCUGGAUGAAUAUAUGAUAGAGUACAAACCCCUGGACUACACUGCAGGGAAGGUGCCAAAAAUUGAACGAAAAAAGAGAAGAAAAAAGGAAGCAGAUGUGGUGGAAGAGCACAAUGGUCACAUUUUCAAGGCUACCCAAUACAGCAUCCCAACAUACUGUGAAUAUUGUUCCUCCUUGAUCUGGAUCAUGGACAGGGCUUCUGUUUGUAAAUUAUGUAAAUACGCUUGUCACAAGAAAUGCUGUCUUAAAACCACGACCAAGUGCUCCAAAAAGCACGACCCCGAGCUCUCACCACGGCAGUUUGGCGUGGAGCUGUCCCGGCUGACCAGCGAGGAGCGGGCGGUGCCGCUGCUGGUGGAGAAGCUCAUCAACUACAUCGAAAUGCACGGGCUCUACACCGAGGGCAUCUACAGGAAAUCAGGAUCCACCAACAAGAUCAAGGAGCUGCGGCAAGGCCUCGAUACAGACAUCGAUAAUGUGAAUUUAGAUGACUAUAACAUCCACGUCAUUGCCAGCGUGUUCAAGCAGUGGCUCCGAGAUCUGCCCAACCCCCUCAUGACCUUUGAGCUCUACGAGGAGUUCCUGCGGGUGAUGGGCCUCCAGGAGAGGAAGGAGACAGUGCGUGGGGUGUACUCGGUCAUUGACCAGCUCUCCCGCACCCACCUCAGCACCCUGGAGCGCCUCAUCUUCCACCUGGUCAGGAUUGCCCUCCAAGAAGAGACCAACCGCAUGUCAGCCAACGCCUUGGCCAUUGUGUUUGCUCCCUGCAUCCUCCGCUGCCCCGACACUACAGACCCACUACAGAGCGUGCAGGACAUCAGCAAAACCACCACUUGCGUGGAAUUAAUUGUCAUUGAGCAGAUGAACAAGUACAGGGCUCGGCUCAAAGACAUCAACAGCCUGGAAUUCGCAGAGAACAAAGCCAAGAGCCGCCUCUCCUUGAUCCGCAGAUCUAUGGGCAAAGGACGCGUGCGGCGCGGCGCCUUCCCCAGCCCCGCAUCCCCUGUCCCUGGGCGCCUGUCCUCGGUGACCGACAUCCCUGAGGAGACCCUGAGCAGUGAGGAGGCCAUGGAGAUGGAAGUGACAGAGCAGCAGCAGGUGGCCAUGCAGCAGGAGGAGAAGGUGCUGACUGAGCAGAUUGAGAGCCUGCAGAAGGAAAAGGAGGAGCUGACAUUCGAGAUGCUGACACUGGAACCCCGCGCCUCCGACGAUGAAACCCUUGAGUCCGAAGCCUCCAUCGGCACAGCCGACAGCUCUGAAAAUCUGAACUUCGACUCCGAAGGAGCCAUCUCCGAUCGCUCAGAGAGAAGUGUAGCACUUACCUCCCUGCGCCCUGCCAAGGCCGAGGGGCCGAGCCGGCUGCGACGGCACCCGAGGAUGCGGCUGGAGCCGGUGGAGCCAACUGACACCCCCAUCUCCUCUUCUUCCUCCUCCCAAUCGUCCACCUCCUGCUUGCCCCACCUGCCCCGGAAGCGCUUCCAGAUGUACUCCAAAUCGCCUUUCUACCGAGCAGGGGGACACGGUGAGGCCCCCGAAAGCCGAGCGAGCCCCGAGGGCCUGACGGGGCCUCUCCAUUAUCCCGAGGACCGGCCACAGUUCACCACGCGCGGGACCUUCAACCCAGAGAAAGGCAAACAGAAACUGAAGAGUGUGAAAUCUUCCCCCCCAAAAACCAAAGAGCCCCCAGAUGGGGGGCCUGGAGGGGGACACAAGAGGAACCCCGAGGCCGAUUGCGCCGCCACCCAACCCCUUGUCCUCCUGGGGAGCAACGAGUUCAUGGUCUGAGAUGUUCCACCCUGGAGCCGCGUCCAUGCCGGGGCAUCCUCCCCAUUGGCAGUACUCUGAUGGCUUCCUUGAUAACACCAGGAGAUGAAUUCUUAAUUAAAAAGGCCGGGAGGGAAGGGUUUUAAUGGUGGCCUU